AUGGAAGAUGUAUUCAGGGAUCUCGACUUCCCAGCAGCAGCAGCAGCAGGAGCAAGUGGUGAUGAUGUAAAUAUUAUCAAUGAUUUCGUGACUCGUGUUGCAUCUGUGGUGGUACGCAUUGCAAUCCACGCUUUUAAGUACCAGAUUUACUGCAGAAAAACGAACGACCGAAUCAAAGAGGAAGAAAGGAUUAAGCUAAUGAAACCUCUAGUGGAUUUGCAACAUGAGAUCGAUCCUACUAAUCCCAGAUUCAUGGAGUUCCAUCUCCAUUUCCUUGUAUCUCUCCAUAAAAUUGGAGGAGUUAAGCCCGAUUUUUGCUUUCGUUAUUGCAAUUACGUUGCCCCUAGAGUGAGGGUCGGAGAUCUUGGAGGCAACUAUUAUCUAGUGAUCCAUGAGCUGUUAAAGCUUUUAGUCUUCACCAAACUGGAGGAGAAGGAGGACGAUCAGACGAUGCCAAUUUUCUUUGCAGAAUUUCAUACGGUGCUCAUGGAGACGGGAUCUCUCAAACUGAGGCGGCAAAAUGUUGAGCCUAGACUUUCCGAGCUGCGAAUAAAUGUUGGUCUUCUCCAGACGGAGCUUUUCCACAAGGGGAUGCUUCACCGUAACAUUCAAGGGAGCACUUUCCAAAUUAAAGAUCUACUCAAUCGUGCUAAAGAUGAUGUUUAUUGGAUGACAAAAGAAUUGAUAAAAUGUUUGGAAAAACAUCCGCAUGGAAAGGCAGAAUAUGAGGCAGAAUAUGGGAAUAAGACUGCGGCUCUCAUUCAACAAAUGGACCACAAGGUAGCAUCUCUCCAUCAGUUAUUUGAGGCCAAGAAGAUAACAGAACCCACGGUGAGGAACUCAAUUCUCCUAUUGCUUCUUAACAUUGUUGCUUUCAAAGCAGAAGCAUUAUUUAAGAAGUUAUCACUUGAGAAUAGUAGGGCAGCAAAUUCCAUGGCUUAUCGAACAGAUCAAAUUGCACUACUCGCGCGGUUUAAUCUUUUCACACUUCUCUGCAACCAGCUAAAGAAGGAGACACAGGACAUGGACGUGAUCUUCCCACAAACUGAAACUUUUGAUGCAGGGAUGACAGGACCCAUCAUCAAUAUGAUCACGUCAUCUUCACAGCUGCUAGACAAGCAGAAUCAUAUCAGGACUGAGCUUAGAGAGCUAAGUCCCCAAUUUCCAUUUUCUGAUAUUCCCAAGACUUGCAUGCCAGGGUUCAUUGAUUUCCUCGUCAGAAACCUAAAGGAGCUGCUGAAAUAUGAUCCUGCAUCAAUUGAACAAGUCAGGAAUUACAUAAAAGAGAUUCAUCUACAUUUCGAGUCAUUGGGUUCCUUUCUCAUGAAAGUUUCGGAGUCGGGUAUUGAGGACAAUCCAGAAAUGAAAGAUCUUGUUGUUUAUGUUGCCAAUAUGGCAUAUAAAAUUGAAUAUGUUAUUGACUCAAUUGAGGUUGAUGCUCAAUGGCAGCACUUCUUUUUGGUUUAUGAUCUGCUAGAGGAGUUAAGGAUUGUUAAUAAGCAAGCCUCUAAUAUUCAGUUGACAACCUCAGAUGCCAGAGUCCUAAGUAGCAAACACAUCAUCCAGGUUCCACCCAACAUGAUAUCACGGGCAGCAAGCAAUGAAAUGGUGGUCGAUCUGAGAGAUGAAGAACAAUAUGCGAUUGAUCUGCUCAUCAAAGGAUCCCCACGGCGUGGCAUUGUUUCCAUUAUUGGAAUGCCUGGUAUUGGCAAGACAACUCUGGCUUGGAAAGUGUUUAACCAUCCAUAUGUUAUGGAUCACUUUCAUUGUCAUGCAUGGUGUACUGUUUCACACAUAUAUGAGAAAAGAGAACUGUUGCUGGAGAUUUUACGUGGCAUUCUCGGGCUUACGGAUGAAAUUCGUCUAAUGACUAACGAAGAUCUCCAAUUAAAAUUGCAUCAGUGCUUACUAAGAAACAGGUUUCUCAUUGUUAUGGAUGACGUGUGGGAUGCUGGAGUUUGGAAUGAGUUAAGAAAUUCACUCCCAGAGGACGCUAAUGGAACCAGAAUUUUGAUUACGAGCCGCCUUCGUGAUGUGGCCUUACAAAUUGAACCAGAUAGUGAUCCUCAUUCUCUACGCUUACUUUCUGAAGAUGAAAGUUGGAACUUGUUAGUAGGGAAAGUAUUCCAUGGUGAAGGCUGUCCUGAAGAAUUGUCGCUAGUUGGUAAGGAAAUUGCCAAAAAGUGUAAAGGAUUGCCUCUUGCUGUUGUUGCAAUAUCUGGUCUCCUCCAAAGGAUAGAAAAGAGCUCAGAAUCGUGGGGCAAAAUUGCAAAAAGCUUGAUUGCUGAAGUUAUGGAAGAUCCAAAAGCUCGGUGCAUGGAAAUCUUUGAAUUGAGUUACAAACACUUACCGGGAUAUCUAAAACCGUGCUUUCUUUAUUUGGGAGUUUUCCUUGAAGACAAGGAUAUUCCUGUUAGCAAGUUGAUACGGUUUUGGCUUGCUGAAGGUUUCAUUCAUGACUCUGAGUUGAAGAGCUUAGAAGGUAUUGCGGAGGGUUACUUGAUGGAGUUGAUUAGCAGAAGCCUGGUGGAAGUCUCCAAAAGAAGAUCCAACGGAACGGUCAAAUCAUGUCGCUUGCAUGAUCUGUUACGUGAUUUUUGUCAGUUAAAAGCCAAAGAAGAGAACUUUUUCAAGUUAAUAACCAGGUCUGAUGAGCCAUAUGCUUCUUUUCCCAGCUCAGAUUUUGGUUUUGAAUUCGAUUUUGGCCAUUAUUCUGAUCGCGUAACAUAUGAAUCCUAUCGGUUGUGCAUAUUUUUGAAGCGAGUUCAUUUUUUUGAAUCAGUACCUUUUGGGCUGGGCACCCGUUCUAUAAUAUUCUUUCCCUCAACUGAUUCAGAGCCUAGAUGUCCUUAUGACAUCUCACUCAUUUGUCAUAACUUCAAACUUCUGCGCACGUUGGAUUUUGAAUUGAUCAACAUUGGUAUUACCUUUCCUGUUGAAAUAGGACUAUUGGUUCAUUUGAGAUAUUUGGCGGUUAGUGGGUAUAUGCAUUCUAUUCCACAAUCCAUAGCCAAUCUCCGAAAAUUGGAAACUUUUGUGGUGAAGGGGUUACGUGGUCAAGUUGUCUUACCAGACAAUAUGUGGAGCAUGGCAAGGUUGAGGCAUCUCCAUGUGAACAUGCAUGUUGUUUUCAAGUUGGGUGAUAAAGAGUUUGGCGGCUGCUGUGAGUUGGGAAAUUUGGUUAGCUUUUCACGUCUCUCUCUUUCUUGUGGUGAAGAUACAAAGAACAUAGUGAAGAGGUUGCCAAAUCUUUGUAAACUGAAAUGCAUAUUUGGCAGGUCGUCAGCCUGCGCAAUAAUAAUAAUAAAAAUGGAACCUAGCUACCACUAA